AGCCAUUUUGAGAUGAAGUCCCUGUUGAGAAAGCCUAUGAAGAUGCAGAAAUCAACGAACAUGGUUACAUUUCUCUCUGUUUCUCCCUCCGUCUCCUCUAUUUCACCAUGGCAGCUGUCAACCGACGGGACAUUAGCAAAGCGGGGUAUCAAGCUGUGCUCACAGAGUUAAAACGUCAUUGAUAUGAAAGAGGAGAGUGUCUGUUUACUGUCUCUGUCGAGACAUGUAACACCGUGAGUUUUUUCCAGUCUGAAAUCUUCCAGCAUCUCUCACAACCCAACGUCUCCUUGAGUGACUGAGUUAAUUCACUCUUGUAACGUUACCGGGGAGAAGGGAGGCAGAUCCGUUUUCCAAUGGCUUCUGUGAGCCUUGUUUCCAGUCCCCCAGCCCCUGUUCUUGACAAAAACAUGACAGACUCUGAGCUUGCAGGGGAUGAAAGAGAGGAUGGUGAACUGGAAGAUGGGGAAAUAGAUGAUGAAGGCAUUGGCAUUGAAGAGGAAAACAAAGAGGCUACAGAGGUGAAUGAAGACAAAGAGAAGGACAAGGGGAAAGAAAAAGCUAAAGAGAAAGACAAGGAAGAAAAGACACACAGGCACUCCAGGAAACGAUACAAAAAGACCAGAGAGAAGAGGAGGUCUAAAAGGAGAAGGCGUGACAGGCCAAAACACCAUUCCCCCUCCAGCAGCUCCAGCUCUGACAGUUAUGACUCUGACUUCGACCGACCAGAAAGGCCCAAAAACCGCAAGAGUCAAGGAUCCAACCGCGAGUCUGAUGGCCAGUCCUCCCAGCACGGAUGGGAUUCAAAGGGAGGCCAUGGCAAGUCCCCGCCGCACAAGAGCAAUGAGUUUGAAAAAUACAGUGACUACAGUGAUGACAAGUAUGACUAUGACGAAGAGGAAGAUGAUUACGAAGAUGACGUGUCCGAGUAUCCGCAGUCAAAAGAUUCAACUUCCCUGAGUCGGGGAAAGGGACGCCAUGCUAAAGACCAGAUGAAGAGAGGAAACAUGAGGGGGAUGAAACAACAGCAGUUUGGGCAGCGAGGAAGGGGCAGAGGGAGUGGACCAGGAAGAGGACGUGGGAUGCUCAACAAGAACAAGAAGCUGAAGGGCAAACCCUGGGGAGGACGUGGACGAGGUCGAGGAGGGGACCAGGGCAUGGAAGACAUGGCGCCGGAGGGAAAAAAUUCUUCCGGUUUUCAGAAGAAACGGCCAAUCAUGAGCAAAGAGUUUAUCAAUCAGCACACAGUUGAACACAACGGUCGAUACAUCUGCAAGUAUUUCCUGGAGGGUCGAUGCAUCAAGGGGGAGCAGUGCAAGUUUGAACAUGAGCUCGUCGUGCCAGAUAAGAAAAGGGAGCUUUGUAAAUUUUACCUCCAAGGAUACUGCAGUAAAGGAGAUAAUUGCAUUUACAUGCACAAUGAAUACCCGUGCAAGUUCUUUCAUACUGGCGCCAAAUGUUAUCAAGGGGACAACUGCAAAUUCUCCCACGAGGCUUUGAACGAUGUGACCAAAGAAUUGCUUGAUAAGAUAAUUAACACUGAAGAGGAGAACGCCCGUGAGGACGAGUUGGAGCUGGAGGAUCUGAGAAAGCAAGGCAUUGCCCCACUUCCAAAGCCUCCUCCUGGGGUGGGGUUGCUGCCCACUCCUGGUCAGAGCAGUCCGACAGACCCUGGCCAAGCAGGGAAGAAGAUCCCCUCCCUGUUUGAAAUCAAGGUUCAACCUACUGUAGACUUGGCACAAAAAAUCGGUCUGAGUGGAUCCAACUACUCCCAGAAUCAAGGUGAAGGCACCACUCAGUUUAGUGGAGGCUCGGAGGACCCGCAGAGUGGAAGUAUGGUGCCUUCAGGUCCCUCGGCUCCUCCUAUUCCUCCCCCUGGAUCACCUCUUCCCAUGUGUCACCCGACUGGACCGCCCAUACCACAGAACCCCCCAGGACAGCACCCACCACACGGAUUUCCAAUGCAGCCACCAGUCCCUUCUGGUCAGCCCCCACCCUUCCUUGGAAACCGACCUAAUAUCAACCCCAAUAUGCAGAGGCCUCCAUUUCCCCCUAUACCAGAUCUGCAGAUGUUGCAAAGUCUCUUCCCUUUUCCGUCAUUGGGUCAGAACCCCGUAGAUUUCUUCAGCAACUUCGUCAAAAACCAGACCAUGGGUCAACAAGGUGAUCCUAGUCUGGCCUUCAUACAGAACCUCCAGCAGCAGAUGGGUUCAGAGUCACAGAUGCAGUCUUUACCACCAGCAGUCCAGAAAGCCAUCUUCAUACACCUGACACAGCAGCAGCAGCAACAACAAGACUCACAUUCACAGGGGAAUGAGCCACACAGCGCAGAGGGCCAGGAUGAUAACAAUGCAAACAGAGAUGAAACUACAAACUGGUACUCUAGCGAUGAGGAGGAUGGGAGCUGUGUUUCCUCCAUCCUUAAAUCUCUGAAGAAGCAAAAUGAGAUGCAGCAGUCUCAGUCCAAGCCCCCCCAAGCAUCCCCGGCGCCUCCAGCAAUGGGUGACCCUCGGCUUGUGAAGGAGAGGGCCCCGCCCAGUGACCCCCGUGUGAAGGCGGACCCUCGACAGCGACCCCCAGAAAUGAAAAAGGAGUCAGAUGGAGCUGCAGACCCACGGAUCUGCAGAGACCCCAGGAAGAUGAGACCAAUGGAGCCAAGUUCCUAUCGCCAGCAGAGCCACCCUCAGAAGCCUCCUACAGGUGACGAGGAUGAGGAAGGAGAGAGAGAGCUUAGGGACAAAGCUGUUCUCAUUCCCCUUGAUGCCAGCCCAGGUGUGAUGCUGCGGGACCCUCGUUGCCAGUUAAAGCAGUUUAGCCACAUACGGGUGGACAUCCUGCUCCAGCGGCCAACCUUUGCACAGACAGUGGUGUGGGCCCCUGAGGACCUCAUCCCUUCCCUUGUGCCCAAACAGGAACACUCCAUCAACCUGCCCCUUCCACCCCUAAUUGCAGAUGCUCAGAUGAACCGAACAAGUCUGCCUGACCACCCCCCUGUCUCCAGCCCUCCACCGACUGACCCCAGACUGGCUGCUGCACGUUUGAAGGAACGUAUGAGUCGAUUGCCCACUGGAUCUCUAGAGUCUCGAUCCUCCACCGAAAGACCUGCAGAUCCACGUCAGCCAAAGACUCUGGACCCCAGACUCAAGCGUACAGGAAGUCUGGACUCUAAGCUGCUGGGUCAGAAAGAGCCCUCCUCUGGGGGAGGAGUUGUGGACCCCAGGCUACAGAAGGCCAGUGCUAGCUCCUCACUUCAAGCUGCUCGAGCCAAGCCAGAGCCUGAGAGGCUGCCACCGUAUGCGCCUCGUCUGGCCUCCUCUGGUGGAGGGCUAGAGAGUCCCACAACAAUCCUUGGGGGCAUCAGUCUUUACGAUCCUCGUAAUCAAACUGAGCAGGCUCAGAAGGAGCAAGCGGAGCCUCCUAAAAAGGUGGGGAUUCUGAAACACCCAGAUAAGAAAGACAAUACUCCGCCACCGUCACUCUCACCAAUCCAACGAAGUGGUUCUUUUGAAGAAGCCAAAAGCACAGACGUAGCCUCAGCUCAGCCUCCACCUUUCAGUUCACCCACAGUGCCUCCUUCCUCACCUGUCAAACCCCCCGCAGUUCAUAAUCUCCCCAUCCAGACACUAGCCGGGCUGAUCCGACCCCAGUACACUGACCCCAGGCAGGCCAAACUUUGCGGACAGGGCUCUACAGGAGCUCAAGAAGAGGCAGAGGAAAAGAAGGAGCAGGAGAAGGCCACGGAGGAAGAACCAAAACAGGACGAUCCAGAGGAGGAGGCAGAAGACAGGACACUUAAAGAUGUGUUCAAGACUUUUGAUCCCACUGCUUCCCCUUUUUGUCAGUAAACACUAUUAAUCUUUAUUUAGCAUUACAGGAACCUAUUUAUUUCUGUAUAUAAAUGAUCCUGUAAAGAAUCACUUAUUAUAUAGUGCACAACACAUUUUGUCAGUAUGGAGAUGAUGCUAGAUAUGUGCACAGACACAGCACAGUGUAUAGUUCCUUUUAACAUAAUCACACACAUUAAUGCUGAACUGAGUGUUUUUAAAGUGUGUAUAUUAAGGUCUUUUAUCAUUGUGUAAUUUUCAUGUACGCUCUAAACAUUCAGAAAAAAAGGAAUUUACCAGGACUGACCCACACGUUGUACCCAGUUCAUUGUAGAAUAGAUCAUCCACCCACUCUACAUGCAGAGAGAUAAUGCGUAAUUGAUCAUGCAACAAUUGUAAGAAUCCCCUUGAGAAUUUUUGUAUUUACUUACUUAUUUAUUUCAAGACCACCACACAACACAGAAUCCCUGCCGUUCCUUUUACUGUAUGUUUCCCAGAAAGGCACAUAUAAGGUUCAUGUGCUGAUGCUGAGAUACAGAAGUUUGUUCAUCAAUUGCUUGCCUAGAAUACAAUUAAGCUAGCUUUAUGAGACAGCUCCCUGCUUAGCUGAGAACAAAUUUUUUAUUUUUUUUUAAGUGGCCUAAAUGCUUUGGGGAUGUAACGUUGCUGUAUGCUUUUCUAACUUGCUAACCAGUUAUUGAUGACUGUGUGGAGUAAAUUAAUAUUGUUUACUUGAUUUGAUUUGUCAUUGUCAUUCCUCAAAACAUCCACAAGCUUGUAAAUAGCAGGAAAACUCUCUUUCAUUUAUUUUCAUCAGAAUAAGAAAUCAAGAAAUAAAAAAAAAAGUAAGAUACAGAGAGAGAAAAUAUGAUCUUGGUCACAUUGCAGAUAUAUAUGAUACAAAGGUGACACUUACGCCUAUGUUUAAUGUUGACUUUUGUCGACUGUACAUUAACUCAUGUGUGCUGGGUGAGAGUUGUGGGCUUAAGGGGGCAUAGUGCUGGACAGUUUGUAUUAUUUGAUAGUUCUGUGUCUGUUGUUUGUUAAACCUAAGCUAUGUACUUUUUUAUUGUUUUCACAUUUCACAUUGUAAAUGCCUAUUUUGUAUCACGUGUACAGUUUGUUUUUGAGUGUCUUAAUGAAUAAUGCUUUAUUUUUUGUGUCAGUAUGGUGGUUAUGGUUGUAAUAAUACUGUAUGACAUUUUAACAACACAUACCCAUCACAUCUCAGUGAUUUUAUUAUGAAUAUCUGAAAUAAAGAGAAUAAAACA